AUGGCUCAUCCAGAACAACCAAGAAAACGCAUCGUCGUCUGCUGCGACGGAACCUGGAAAGACAGCGACGGAGACUACCAGACGCCCAGCAACGUGACGCGAAUCGCGCGGGCCAUCGCACCCGUCGGAGUGGACACCAGCACCGGAGGUCCUGAUCAACCGACUCCGAUUCCACAGGUGGUCUUCUACCAGAACGGCGUCGGGACAGGCUCCAAUUCCCUCUAUGACAAAUACAUCGGCGGGGCCACGGGCGAAGGUUUGGCAGAACAUAUUCGCGAAGCAUACAGUUUCAUCUGUCUGAACUACAAUCCCGGCGAUGAAAUCUUUCUCAUUGGAUUCUCCCGAGGCGCAUUCACCGCGCGAUCAAUUUCAAGUCUGAUCAAUGCUGCAGGGUUACUUACGGCAAAGGGGCUCGAGUUUUUCGUGCAGGUGUUUGAAGACUGGGAGUUCCAACAGAAGAAAGAUUUCAAAUCGAAAUGGCCGAAUCUGCCGUUUGUCGGCCACAAACCACCAGUCACAGAUCCCCAUUAUCAGCGCCAACUGAUCGAAAGGGGUCUAACUAGACCGAAUAUUAAGGUCAAGUGUGUUGCUGUCUGGGAUACUGUCGGGGGGUUAGGGAUCCCGAUGAUCGGAUUGCUUCCGCAGCCGCCGAGUACGGAUUUUGCAUUUGUCGAUACCAGGGUGGAAAGCAAUAUCGAGUAUGCGUUUCAAGCGCUGGCUCUCGAUGAACAUAGGCGCUCGUUCUCGCCUACGGUGUGGGAUUGGCCGAGAGUGGAACCGCAUGAUCUCAAGGUCUUGAAGCAGACUUGGUUCCCGGGGGUGCAUAGUGAUAUUGGGGGAAGUUAUGAUGAUACCGCGCUGGCGAAUUUGACGCUGGCCUGGAUGGUGGCCCAGUUGGAUCCCAUUCUGACGAUUAAGCAUGACUAUAUUAUGGAGUUGAUUAGACCUUCUUCGAAGGACCACGGUCAUCAUGGCCACCAUGAUGGAGUACAAGGUGGUGGUGGAGACCAGUCUUUCGCGAAUGAAGGUGGGAUACAAGGUGGUGGUCAUCAGUCUUUCACCCAUGACGGUCGUGCAGUCACUGUGCACAAUACGCUUCCGCAUCUUCGACCUUGGGGAUUGGGGAAGAUUCAUGAUUCCUUUACUUUCUUCUUCAAGUUGGGUGGAUCAAGAGUUCGUACGCCCGGUGAGUACCGUGAGCAGGAACUCGCGUCCCAGCAUGGCAUGUUGGUCUGGAUGGUGUCGAAGUUGCAUGAUCGUUUGAGGAGGUUGUUGCCGGGCAAAGCUGGUAAGCAGGUGCCGCUGCUGCCGCGGCUUCAGAGGACAAAUGAGACGAUUCAUUCAAGCGUGCGUAUCCGCAUGGGCAGAGAUGGUCUCGGGUAUAAUGAUAAGGGGAAAUAUGAUUGUGAUGCUCUGCAGGGUUGGGUCAUGCAUGGUGUCGAAACGGAUCCGGAAACUCCAAUUGCUGAGUCUACGCCUGGCAGUGCUGUGGGUAAGAUGACCAGCGUGGUGUGGAAGAAGGUGGUGCCUGCGGAAAAAGUGGUGGAUGUCGAUGUUGAUGCUAGUGUUGAUGGAGGGAAGAGGGUCUCUGUGGUUGAGGAUUAUGAGGAAGGAGAAGGAGUCAAGAAAACACAGGUCAUUGAGUUGCCGGAGGAGCCGUUGGGCCAGUUUGAGCGGACGAUUCUGCGGUUCUGGCCCGAGAUCAAUUCGGGCUUUGAUUCCAUUGUCCCCGGGAAGCAUGCUAAGAAGCUUAAUAAGGCGGGUACCUAUCCUGUCGGCUGGGAUCGGUUUCAUUUGUUUGGUGGUCACAAGAAGAAGAAGGAUGGUGGGUAUGAGGGUGGUGGUUUGCCUGCUGGUGCUGAUGGAGAUGGUGAUGGUUUGCGCAACCGUGGGAAGAAUACUCGGAAUGCUGAUGCUGCUGACGGCGGUGGGACGCCAGCGGCCACAAGAGACGACGGUCUUAAGCUUGUCACGCCGGACAGCAGGAUCGAGACGACUUAG